AUGGUCUUUCCAGAGACUGCAAAGCUGGUUUUCUUCGCGAGGAAGGCCCACGGCGGUAAGAAGAAACGGACACUAAUACGCGCAGUCAUGAAUCCUCCUGCCUAUCCGGGGACUCGGUCUCGUGGCCCCGUGCCGCUUCCCCUUGUUGAGGAGACAUCCCAUAUAGACUUGGGUCAACCAGGUCGCCUGGCACCACGAUGGCUUCAGGAUUUUGUUUCUGGCGAGCUCGAAGCUGGCCUCAACGCCGGCGCUACCUUUCAAGAUGUAGGCUGUGCGAGUGACGCUUUUCGCCGAGAGGAAGCCAGGAAGCAAGGCGGUAUCUACUAUGACGAUGCCACACCUCCUAUCAUGCGUCACGAGCUUCUUCUAAAAGGACACCAAAGCUUUCAGGGAGAGCCGCCAUCGAGCCAGCCUCUACUCCGCGCCGACGGGAACGUGUGCUACGAAGUUCUUGCAUGUGUCUGCCAGAAUUGCCGGUAUCACUUUACAUUUUAUAUUGACAGGACGCAAAAUCAGUCGUGCGGUACCACUCGUGGCAAUAACAGCAACAACACCGACCCGUUUCACCAUCUCGUUCAUGUGCUCACUGAGAAGAGCGCGCCGAGGCCGAUCGACAUCAAGUUAUACCCGUUCCAUGGCAGGGGCACGUACACCUGCUCCUCGAAAAAGUGCUCGUUCAAACUCAUAGUAGAAAUUUCGAGCCCUCGCCUCAGCGACCAUCUCCUGGACUAUUUGACCGACCACGACGGCAUACGCAAUCGCCUCAAACGAGCCGUGGAGGAUGAGCCCGAACGGUUCGCAGACGUCGCCAACGUCACGCCUAAUGCGCUUGCGUAUCUCAGAGCCUACUUGCGGGACAUCGUUGAAGGCAGGAGCGAGAAGAACCCAGACGGCUCAGAGAUCGAACGGAAAAUUGAUCAAAGAAACAAGAAGUUUUUUAUUCAGUUCGGCAACGGGCCCGAAGCCGCUGAACUGCUCACAUAUCUUGGGUUUGAGGAGAUCAUCAACGAAGACAGCCGGGCGUGGAAGGUGCCUUGCCCAGCAAUCACACGGCCUACCCGCCCCGGAUCGCAGCUUGCAUUUUACCAGGACGUUAAAAGUGAGGUCGAGACCAUCAUUGGCAAGGACAGUCAAAACAUGAAGCCAAAUGCCGCGAUCAGCUUCAUCACCAAUGCGCUCGAUAUUGGCGACUUUGCGACGUCAGAUUAUGGCUACAAUGAGUAUCGCAUUUCGGAUUACGCAGAUCUUGGCUUGUUUCCUCGCAUGCACGAAAGGUACUUCUGGUAUGCCUUUACGUGUCAGAGCCAGACAAAUCCACGGAUGAAAGACGACUACUUUCUCUGUUUGAAGCGUCUCGCUCAAGGUCGGAAUAACGAGGACCUUGAGCUUCGCAUACAGUCCUUAGACUCGAUACGCACAGCCCAACCUAAGGAUUCUUUGCCGGCAGGAUCAGAGGAGGACGAUAUCCGCCUUGCGACCGAGCGGUCUCUUCAAGACACCCAAACGACAGUAGUUUCGCACCAACUAUCAAACACCGACAAAGUAAUCCAGGCAUACAACUACUUUGGCCUGGAAGAAGGCCAGAGGAGCGACGAUGAAGUUCUGGCCAAAUUUUUGUCAAACUCAGAUGCCUACCCAUCACAGAAAUCCAACUUUCGAGAAAAGCUCCUGCUCAUUGCCCGUCAUACAAAAAGUCCGAAUCUUCAAAAAAUGGCGGUGGAGGAUAUGUCAUACGAGGAAGCUCUUAACUAUCUCGGCGCGCAAAACGACACAGACGCGAGUUAUAUGGUCAGCAUAGCUCAGUAUAAUAUUGCUUCCAACGAAAAAGACCGCGAUCUCGUCGCUGCAGCACUGAGACAGAUCAGCAAAGAACGUGGCGACGACCCGCUUCUCGCAUCAGCCGCGCAGGACUUUCUUAAUGGAGACAAAGGCCGUUCUUCUGUCGACCUCUCCAGUCGUACAGUUACCGCCAUGUCUGAUACGGACCUGAUCUUUGAUCCAUCACUGCCCACAGGCUUGGAAAACAUUAGGAACACGUGCUACUUGAACAGCAUUUUGCAAUAUUUUAAUACGGUGAAACCAGUGCACGAGAUCCUUGACAACUUUGACGAGUUGGGCCUACCAGGCACGGAGGAUAGCCUUCAAAAUCGCCGAAUUGACCCAGGAUCUGCUCACCUAGAAAGGGGCGAGGCGUAUGCCGGUCGACAAUUCGUCGAACAGUUGUCCUCAUUGUUCGACAAAAUGCAACAGUCGGACAAAGUGUACGAGGUUCCAACACAGCGCCUCGCAAUUGCGGCACUGAAGAACUCGGCCAGACUUGUAUCAGACGGAAAGCAGUUACUCACAAAAAAUGUCGAUGCCGAAAAUCACUCGUUGUCGUUUGACCUCGCGAAUACAGAAAGGACGAACUCGCCUGCCCCACCACUCCCCCGUCGCCAUGCGGCAGCGGUUUCCGGAUCCCCCCAAAAUAAUUCCGUGCAUGCCAACUCCCCUGCAUCCCCGAAAGCCGCUGCCGCCGUUCUUGCAUCUGACGCCGACUCGACCAGUAUCAGGAGCUCACAGACACUCGUUGAUCAGAGUGAGACCAUGAUCGAGAACAAGGCCGAGACCCAGGGCCAAAGCCGGCGUGAAAGUCGGCGUGUAUCUACGGCAGACGAUGGUUGGCAAAGCAUCCCGCCUGUGAGCGAUAGUAUGGAAGAAUUUCAGGAGGAUACUGCCACCAGCGAUAUGCCCAUAGUGGUGCACGCCGAGCAGGUGGAAGAUGAGAACGCAUCAGCCUCACGCGAGGUGACGAUGAGUGAUACCGGGGUCGAAACAGCGAUGAUCAGUGACGGGUCUGCACCGUUCACAACCUCUGACAGCCACCUUCAGCAGACCGUUCCUGGGGCUAUCCAGACUGUGUUCGAUCCACCGCCGGUAGCCGAACCCUCCGUGGAAUCGAUCAUCGAGUACGCGCUGGAGGAUACCACCGUUAAAGGAACUGACCAGCAGGACGUCGAAGAAGUCAUGGGCAACAUCAUCAGCCAUUUGCGUGCAUCCGUGAAGGCGACAGGUGAAGAUGUCGCCACGGGCGUGCAACGUGAUCCGAUCACCGACACCUUUUUCUGGACAAGUGCGACGUAUAGCCGGUCCGACCGCAACGGAUCCUACAACCGUCAGGUUGCGCCAAACCGCUGGGUGACAGCGUUUCCUGCGGAAGACAAGAAGAUCGGUUUGCUGCAGGCACUUAGCAACAGCUUCCAGCGCGAAUUCAUCACUCAGGGCACUUGGUACGAGCGGUUCACAUCGAUCGUGGACUUGCCGCCAAUCUUACACAUUCACAUUCAGCGUUCUAAAGGAGAUGGUACGAAAAACAAGAGUUUAGUCGACAUCCCUCAGGCCCUGCAUCUGGACCAGUUCAUGGACUGUGACGAGGGAUCCGAUCUGUUUAACAGACGUCGCCACGCGUGGAAUAUCCAAGAACGGAUUCGGUCGUUGAAGGGCCCCAACGGCGAAAGUCCUUAUAUUAGUUUCCUACCGGAUGCCGUGGGUAAGGCUGCUGCGUAUACUGACAUGAUUGUCAACGAGCACCUGCACCAACACGCGGAGAAGAAGAACACCCACGAUGACCUCGAAAGGGCAGGCGCGUCUUCCGAUAACGAAUUCGACAGUGAUGACGGGGAUUAUGAUAUGAUCGAUGACGAUGUCAAAGAGCUGUUGCGCGAGAACGACGUCGUUUUCGAGCUCUCAGCAGUCCUUUCAGGCCAAGGCCAGGAAGUAGAGACACAAGUGGACACAACCCUUGACCAGAGAUGGAGCAACGACGCAACUAAACAGCUCCUAGAUGGAGCGCGCCACCUAACCAGAGAAGAUGUUCAGAACAGCUGGGCGCAGCAGGACAGUGUGCUUCAUUGCAACGACAUCAUGCGCAAUGUGCAACAAAUACGGGCAGAGUAUGAGCAGGAAUUGGAAGGACUUUUUGCCGACCUGAAGGCGCCGCAAAACAAGUAUCUACUGCAUGCGGUCAUCUGCCACUCUGGAAACACUGGAAAAGCCGGCCACUACUGGGUGUGGAUUUACGACUUUGAGCGGGGCCUGUGGCGCAAGUAUAACGACAAGGCUGUCAAGGAAUUUGCAAACACGGAUGCCGUCAUGGCCGAACUGUCCAACGGAGGCGAACCCUACUACCUGGCAUACGUGCGAGCAUCGGAUGUCGAAAAGUAUGUGGGAGUUUCUCUCCGGAAAGAGCGCUCACCGUCACCGGCCGUACCUCCGGCUCCACCACGACCGCAGCCCCGGUUGCUGCCGACGAUUCCCGAGACGACACCAGCCCCGCCAGGAAACAAUUCCGAGUCACACCGUCUCAUAACGCCCCUGCAGGAAGAAGGCGAGCCUGAAGACCCAUCAAUCGGCGGCCUCGAUGGCCAAAGCGAUGGCAAAACGCUUCAACAGCAGGCUCUUGUACAGGUUCGCGCAUCGACGCCAAUUAGCGAUGGGCAGACGAAGUAG